AUGCUCGUCCUCACAGGCACGACAGGAAACCUUGGAUCUCGAGUCCUUGACUCAAUAUUACGUCUCAACCUCAUUCCGCCAUCAGAACUUAUCAUUUCCUCGAGCUAUCCAAACAAAGUUUCUGCUGCAGCCCGCAACGCUGGCAUAGAAAUCAGACAAGGCGAUUUCACAUUCCCUGACUCGCUAGCCUCGUCGUUCAGAGGCGCCGACACUCUUUUCCUUGUGUCUUUUCCUUCCCCUAGUGUGGACAGAUGGCUUCACCAUAAAGCUGCAAUUGACGUAGCAAAAUCUGUCGGCAUCAAAACAGUCAUUUAUACCAGUUUGAUGUUCGGUGGGAGGACAGGACUCGAGAGCGUAGCAGGGGUUCAGCAAGCGCAUAUCAAGACCAUCAAGUAUCUAAUGCAAAGUGGGCUGCAGUAUGUGGUGGUAAGAGAGGGUAUUUACGCCGAGAGCUGGUGGCUGUACGCCGGGUUUCAGCCGCGGACGUUCAAGAAGAGUGACAACGGUGAGGUCCGAUUUGUGAUCCCCAACGAUGGUCCGGUAUCGUGGGUAUCGUGGGACGACCUAGGCGAAGGCACUGCAAAGAUCCUUCAAAGGUACGAGAAAUAUCUAGGCCAGACAUUGAACCUGACUGGUCCGCGUGCCACCAGUAUCAGUGACAUCGCGAUGAUGGUGGAACGGUACACGGGGCGCAAAGUCGGGGUCGAUAUUGUAGGCAAGCAGGAAGCGGAAAGGUAUCACAAGUACGUGAAGAAAAGCGUAUCGGAGGACAAGUUCUGGGUGAUUGAGAGCUGGGCGGGUUGGCAUGAGGGAAUAUCCCAGGGCGAGACCGCGACAAUUGACCCGUUGCUAGGUAAAUUGUUGGGCAGAAUGCCCAGGGGGAUUGAGGAGGUAGCGGAGAGCAUGUUUACGCCGGAAUGA